UCUUGUAAAAGUGGCUUCUAUUUUAUAUCGGGAAAUGGUUCUAAAUGACUGAUUUAGUAAAACAAUGCGGGUUAUUGUCAUCUUUACAAUGUAUAGGAACGAUUGGUGAGCCUAUUUUCUGUAUUCGAGCUCGGUGAACCACCAAAAUGGCUACGGCACAGAAAGCAAGACGCAAGAAGACCAAAGUCAUCCCAACUACUGAGCCAGAGAGACCUACUUCUGCGCUUUCUCACAAUUCCUGGGUUGAAGAUUUUGAUAGGGCAGAGGACUCCGCUGGUGAAAAGUUUGGCAUAGAGAACAAUGCCUAUCACGAGACGGAGGUGGAAAACAUACCGGCAGGGUCUUUGACCUCUGACCUUAAAGGUCAUGGAGGGGGAAGUAUGGUGUCAGUGAGGGAAGCUGAAGACGCCGAUCGAAGAGACUUUACGGACGAGGAGUUGGAUAUUAAGGACUACGAUGAUGAUUCAAAACAUCCUGAGCUGAUGGAGCGACCGCACAGCGAAGUGGGAACAGCCAGUCGAUCGGCCAGCCCUUACGGGGAGGACAGCUACGUAGGGUCAGUGGAUGGUGACGGGGGCAAGAGAAGACGCAAGAGAAGAAAGGACCGAGCCAAUGUCGUCACCCCCGUUAAUGACGACGUUGGAAAUGACCUGUUGGCAUCGGUGAGCAGCGAGGGUCCCUCUGAGCUAAAGAAGAAAGGUUUUAGCGAAGCCUGGAGUAUGUCAAGUAUGCAGGACAUCAGCGAGAUACCAAUAGAUCCCCCGUCCUCUAUGCGCCCCAAGUCUGGCGCCCCCAAGCGUGGAAAGUCCCCGCAGACACGCAACAGAUCCCCAGGCGUUGGCGCCCACGCAGCCGUUGCGUCCGGCUCGCAGUCUGUGAUCAGCGUGAAGGAGGCAGACAAGAGCCGACGUGUCAAUGGGGAGAAUACACUGACGGUGCCGGGAAAUAAGACCAGGGAUGCUGAGCAGAGAGACAAUGAGGACAACCAGAGCCUAGCGACCUCGUCCAAUGUGCACCUGAAACCGCCGCAGUUGGAGCAUGAGCAGCAGGCUUACGUCCCGUAUGUGUACGCCCGUGACUGCCUGGCCAAGGUGAUGGACGACAUGAAGAAGAUGAAAUACAACCACAUCCGCAUCGUCGGUCAGAUUGAGGACACUUACAAGAUGAUCGAGGAUGAGACGCAGGGCCAAUUCAAUAUGUUUGUAGGUGGCCUUCGAAUCCAGUAUCGCGAGAAAGUCAAGACAUUCCGCCACGUGAUUGAGAUACACAGAGAUGACUUCGGCAGCAAGAAGACGUACUGGGAGGAGACGCUACAAAGUCUUAAUAGUCGGAACAAGGCACUCAUGAAGGAAAAGAAGAAGUUACUAAUCAGCAACAAAAUGGAGUAUGACAGACUGGAAAGGGAAAAGGAGGAGUUGACUCGUGAGUUAACGCAGAAGAUGGAUCAGAACCAAUCCACGUUUGUCUCAUCUCAAAAGGACCUUGAGGAAGAGAGGAAGAUCAUGGAAGAUCAGCUUCUCUCUGAGAAGCAGGCUCAUCAUGAUGAAGUCGAGAAACUCCGCCAAGAACUCGAAGAAGCGAGGACAGCCGUACGGACGGUCCCUGUUGUCGUUGACACCAACCGUCAAUCCUCGGGAGAUGUAUCCUCCGAGAGGAUGUUGGAUGAACAACGCGGGUCUCGUGCGAGUCUGAGGUCCGAAGGGCCAAGGGAGACACAUGCUGGGGCAGCUGUGGGCGUGGCAGCGUCUGUUGCCGUGGUAACUAGUGGGAUGUCGGAGGCAGAGAGGAGGAGAGCGGAAGACCAAAGAGCCAAGAUGGAAGAGAAGAUGAUUCACUCCCAAAAGGAACUCGUCAUCUUGCAAGCAAAGUACGACUACAUCCAGGCCCAGUAUGCGAUCCUGGCGUCCCUGGCUCAGAAAGACAACGAAGCCAUCAUCUCAGAGCAGUUAGAGACAACUCAGAAGGAUCAGGAGAUCAUGGACGAGGAGAGCCAACAGCUUAAGGAGGAGAUUAAACAGUGGGAGGAAGACUUCAAGAUGCAGAGCGGACGGGAGCCGACAGAGGAAGACAGGUCUGAGACAGUCAAAGAGUUGGACACUCAGCUCGCUGAGGCAGAGACAAAGAAAGUGGAGCUUGACGCCAAGCUAGUCACCUUAGCCACUCUGAAGGAGGGUAAGGCCCCAGAAGUGCAGCAACCAGACAUCCCAGAGCCUGUCAUUAAAACCGUUGAGAUCGUCUUGCCCGAUCCAGCAACUCUUGCAGCCCUAGAAGCGUCCCAGCUGAAGGUCCGUGAUCUCGAGUCUCGUCUGACCGAGAUGGAGACCAGCCUGAGGGACAGAGAGAAGAAGAUUAAGACCCUUGAGAAGGAGAAGAAGAAGGCCGGGAAGAAAGAGAAGAAGGUGGAGGAGGCGAGACCGAGGGAGGAUGAUCAGAACCUCAAACUUGUCCUAGAGGCUGUGGUCUUACAGUCGGCACAGCAAGAACCCUCGGGUGAAGACGUCCAAGCUAAGCUGGAGAAGGCCAAAGCAGAGAAGGACGACCUGGUGGCAGAGAGGGAAAAGGCUAAACAAGAAUUGGAAGUGUGGAUCGAGAAAUACAACCAGGAACACGGAAGCUACCCAGAGGAAAAGGAUAGAGAUGAGAAUGCCAAGGUGCUGUUUGCAUCGUUGGAGGACAGCAAUGCUCAGUGUCUGGCUAAUCAGACCAACAUCACAGCCCUGUCCAUUCUGGCUACGGGUCAGAUACCCAAGGAUCUGAAACCGAUGGCCGAGGCUCAGGUUUCCGUACAAUCGACAGGCCAAGCAAGCUCCAACGAUCUCAAAGCUCUGGAAAGUCGCAUCCAAGAGCUCGAGGAAGAGAAUGAGCAGCUGACGGAGACCAACUCGGAGCAAGAGGAGACCAUCAGGGAGCUUGAACGAGCAAAAGAGGAUCUGGAAUCAAGACUAGCUAAUGUGGAAACAGGGGGAGGGUCGGCAGCUGCUGCAACGGCGGCGGCGCUGGCAAACCUUGACUUUGAUGAGGAUGAUGUUGAGGGUUUCGGAGCUCAACUGGCUGCCCUGCAGCGUCAAGUCGACGACACGGAACGCAAACUCCGCGAGGAACGGUCCUCCCACGAGUCCACCAAGGAAGAGCUUGAGAUGAUUACUCAAGAAUUGGAGAACGUCCGCGAGGAGAAACGCAACCUGGAGGAUGAGAUUGAUGGCAAGGUUACCGCGGCAACUGAUGCUCUCGAGGCUGAGAUGAAACUCAAAGAUCAGUCGUUGACAGAGACCAAGCAGCGAUUGGAUGAACUGGAGCAAGAGAAACUAAAGAAUCUACCGGUGGAUGCAGCCAAAGAGAUUGCUCUACUUCAGGCUCUCGUGAAAAAAGCAGAAAAGGAGAAAGAAGAUGCCCAGAAAUCCAGCAUCGGAGGCACAGCCGAUCUGGACAAACUCAAGACGGAGUUGAAGACGCUGAAUCUGUCUCUAGCUAAGGAGAAGGAUACGAACAAAUCAAAUCAGGAAAGUCUGAAGAAGAAGAUGGUGGAGAAGGACAAACAAGCCAAGGAGAUGGUUCAGAGCACCGAGAAGAAGUUCACUCAGAGAGAAGCGGAGAAUAAGAAACAGAUACAGGCUCUGGAGAAGAAAAAUAAGGAGCUUGCUGCUGCUGGAGGAGUCGCAGCAGUCAGGGGUGCCGCUAAGGGAGGACCAGAUCCAAAGGCAGAGAAGAAGAUUAAAUUACUGACGGAGCAAUCAGUGACGCUGAAGAGGACCAUCCAAGAGAGUCAAGACAAGAUACGACAGAUGGAGAAAGAUCUUAAGGAGGCCAAGUCGGGCGGAUCGGCUGAUAAGCAAGCCGGCAAGAAGAUGGAGAAGCAGCUCAAGGAUCUUGAGAAGAAACUGGAGACGGAGCAGAAGAAGUUUGAGAGAGAGAAGAAGACUGCCACCGAGCUAGACGCCGAACUCAAGACAACGUCCAAGGAACUCGACGGCGCCAAAGAUGAGAUCAAGAAACUGACCAAUCAGAUUGAAGGGUUGGGCGUGGCUGCUGCCGAGGCGUUGGAACUGAAAGAGAAAGUGACGGAGCAGACAGCGGAGUUGAAGAAGCUACAGAGCGAAGUAAAGACUGUGACUGAAAACUACAACAGCGAGAGGGUUUUGCGGAAGAAAUAUUACAACAUGGUGGAGGAUAUGAAAGGGAAGAUCCGUGUCUACUGUCGAUCCAGACCCCUCAGCGGCUCAGAAAAAACCAGGGGUAAUUUCUCAAUCAUCAAAGCACCAGAUGAGUACUCCAUUGAGAUUCAGAGUACCAGAGGUCUGAAAGAAUUCCAGUUUGAUCACAUCUUCAUGCCGGAAAGCACACAAGCAGAUGUCUUUGAAGACACAAAUAAUUUGAUUCAGUCCUCCGUAGACGGCUACAAUGUCUGCAUCUUUGCUUACGGACAGACCGGCUCAGGAAAGACGUUCACCAUGAUCGGUGACAAGGAAGGCAAAUUUCCAGGCAUUGCACCAAGAGCCUUUGAGAAGAUAUUUGAAGUUAUUGAAGAAAACAAGGGCAAGUUUUCCUUCACAGUGGAAACCUACAUGAUGGAGUUGUACAACGACAAGUUGAUUGACCUGUACGCAAAAUCACACGAGGCUAAUGCCAGACUGGACAUCAAGAAGGAUAAGAAGGGGUUAGUCUUCGUUCAAGGCGCUGUGGUUCAACAAGCCUCGAACGCUAAAGAGCUGUACGGGCUCUUCGACCAUGGGUCUGCAAACAGACACGUUGCCUCAACAAAGAUGAAUUCUGAGAGUUCCCGCUCCCAUUUGAUCAUCGGCGUGGUGAUUGAGAGCACCAACCUGACCACGGGUACCGUCACUAGGGGUAAACUCAGCCUGGUGGAUUUGGCUGGUAGUGAACGAGCCGCUAAAACAGAAGCCAGCGCCGAGCAAUUGAAGGAAGCCAACUCUAUAAAUAGAUCACUGAGUGCCCUCGGGGACGUCAUAUCUGCGCUUUCCAGUGAGCAGUCCUUCAUUCCAUAUCGUAACAACAAGCUCACCAUGUUGAUGCAAGACUCCUUGGGCGGCAACGCCAAGACGCUUAUGUUCGUCAAUAUCUCACCGGCCGACUACAACGCGGAGGAAACUGUUGUCUCACUCACGUAUGCUUCCAGAGUGAAACUGAUCACGAACGACGCUUCAAAGAAUGCUGACAAUAAGGAAAUUGCUAGGUUGAAGGAGAUUAUCGCCAAAAUGAAGAAGGGUGAAGCAGUUGAGGAAGAUGUUGAAUAAUGGAGCUUUGGUGGCAUUCUAGUCAGAUGUGUGAACUUGUUAAGUUGCCCUCAGUUAGACUUUGACAUAAAACAUUCAGCGACUUUUCAGGUUGAUGCUAGGCUUGAGCUAAGACCGUCAGGAACAGACGUCUCUUGUUUACAACCGGAGUAUAACUGUGAUGAAGUCAAGUCGCAAGAGUAGACAAAUUGUGGAAGUCAAGUCGCAAGGGUAGACAAAUUGUGGGAUUCACCCUCAAGUAGCACAAGGGUUCGUAAGGGAGCAUUAGUUUCAAAUUUUGUCCAAGACUGUUCCAAGUUUUAAAUCUACAUUAUGCCAGAUGACAUCCCACCACUUUGAGGUAAUGUACACGUACAAUGUUAGGUCGUGUCUGAAACGGCAACUUUGGCUACAGCAUAUGGCUAGAUCACGUGCAUCUGCCUAUUCUUCAACACUGGCAGACGCGUUAAUCUAGCCGUAGCUGUAGACGAAGUCGCUUGACACACUGGAUGGGCCAACUGCCACGAGAGGGCCCUUUACCAAUUAGCAUAAGUAGCUUAUACAAAGGAUGUAGACAAUAAUUUAAACAAAUCCAUUCUAUUUUGUAACAUAAAAACAAGAAGUAUUUUUUAUUAGAAAUUGUUCUUUCAAAUUGACAGUACUGUACAAUAGUAGUUAGACAAAUAGAUGUGAAUAUUUUAUACAUUUGUUUCUUCUCUUGAGGUAGAAAUUAUCAAAAUAAAUGGGUUGGAUGUUUCAAACCUGGUGUUUCAAACCUGGCAAAGUUCUGUUGAGUUUACAAGAUUGCCACAAGUAUUACAAAAGUAAAACAUUUCAAGAAAUUGUACUUUGUGCCUUCAUGUCUUGUACUUGGAUUGGUUUUAAUUCCAUAUACUUUUUUUAGAGUUUAACUUUUGAUGCAUCCGUCCUUGUAAUAAUUAGAUUCAUCCUAGUGGGACAGUAGUGGUCACACUAAGACAAUUAUUAUUUUUGUACUUUAAAAAAUCAAAAUAUUUAGAAAAAUAUUUGUUAAAUUUAGUUCAAACUCGAACCAUUCUGUAGGUAAAAUCCGUCCAAAUAAGAUUUUAUAAUAAUUCUUGUGUGAUCAAAGUGUUCAUCUAUUUUUUAAAUUCAUAAAAGAAUACACAAAAUUCCUUGGAAGUUUUUGUAAACUAAACAAUUAUGCUCUUUUGUAAAAUUAGUUUUGUAAAUAUCGGAUUAAAUAAUAGCUAUAAUUAUAAUAUGCAGAUCAAU